UGUAACAUUUAUUAGGUAACAGGAAGUGAAAGGAAUGGCGUAUAAGAACUGUGAAUUUGCAAUAAAGCCUUGCAUUUGAUUCUCAGUGAACGAGAACACCAUGGAUUAUAAAAUUUCUGCACAGUUAGCAUUAUUAUUAGUUAUUUACUUUUUUUGUUUUGCAAUCGGAUCAGCCGAAGACUGCCCUGCUGACAAAGACAAAGAUUGGACUUACAAUUUAAAUUUACCUAAUGGUCCACUGCAUUGGGGUGAGAAGUAUCCAAAUUGUAAUGGAACAUCUCAAUCUCCCAUUAACAUAAUAACGAGAGAAACUGUGAAGAGUGGAGAGCGUCAGAGACUUGAACUUCAUGGCUACGAUGAACCUAUCGGCAACGUCACGAUAGAGAACAUUGGCUCCGCGAUUCUAGUAUGGCCUCAAGAUGGAGUUGAAAGAUCAGUCAUGGUUGAUGGUGAGAAGUUUACAUUGUUGCACGUCGCUUUCCAUUGGGGUAACGAAACACACAAAGGAUCAGAAGACUCGAUAAAUGGUAGAAAGUUUACGAUUUCGGCUAACUUAAUUCAUCAGAACAAUGGAAAAUCAGUUUCAGUUGUAGCAUUCCUUGAGGAAAGACGUCGACUGAACUCAGCACUAUACAACAUUUUGUCCGUCAAGGAAGCAUUUCAAUAUGAAGGACAAAAAUUCGAAGGAGAAAUUCAACUGUCCAAUAGAAAUUCGCAUAGACAGGGCAAGAUUUAUCUGGGGGAUCUGAUUGACAAUAAUUGUCCAUUCUAUAGAUAUGAGGGCUCCUUAAGUUUUCCACCAUGUGAUGAAGGACUCACGUGGAUGGAAUGCAGAAAGCCUAAAACAGUAAACAGAAACCAAAUGAAUCAGCUUUUUUCCUUGUAUUCAGUGAAAGAAGGUACACCAGAUGCUGAUAAAUGCCACCUUUUAAAUAAUUAUAGACCAGCACAGCCAUUAAAUGGUAGAAAAGUUUACAGAUAAUAAACUGUGUAUAUCAAAUUCUCCUGUAAUAGUUUAAAUAAAUAAAUGCUAUAUUUGGUUCUA